AUGGCUUCUUGUAUCAAGAAUAUGCGCGAUGCUGCGCGCGCAGAUGGACCGCCAGCGCCAACAGUGGCAGUUUCUGUCCACGCGCUGCGCGGAGAUGCGACCAACGCUCAAGCGUGGCAGAAGCCCGAGCCCCACACCCUGGAGUUGACCGCUGGGUACGUGAGCACGCCAAUUCAUGAGCACGAUACGUUGUCAUCGGUUCUCAAAAAUUUCAAAGUCAGGCGAGAGAUGGGAGACUUGCAAGUUGUUGGCAGGAGCACGACGCAGGGUACCCACGGCAUGAUAUUGAAGCAGCUGACAAGCACGUAUUCUAAGAGCUGGGUAAGCAGGACUAUCGAUUACAAUCUACUGGCUCUGCCUGCUGCGGGGCCCGAUCGCCUUCCACUUCCAGCAGCGCCGCUACCGCGUGCAGACGACGCCGCUCCAUCACACCUUGCACUUCCAGCAGCGCCGCCGCUACUUGCAGAUGGCGCCGCACUCGCCGCCGCGGAGAGCACCGCGAUUGCCGAGUGGGACCGAGCAGCACAGAUCGAGAUGCCGCACGUGGAGGUGUGGGCGUUCACAUCAGACGCAGGCCCCGAUGAAGUGGGGGCUCGCAAAUGGAUGCAUAGGGAAUGUGCUGGCAACGCGUGGUGCUGGGCGUUCGACGGCGACUGCCCCAUGCACCAAUUGCAUAUCAUGGCGAGGUCCGUCUUGGAAGAUUGCGACACCAUGCUUAAAGAAUUGAUCGAGGCCUAG